AUGGGUUGGUUGUCAUAAUUUAUAUAUUUGAUGCGUAAUCAUUAUUAUUAUUAAAUCAAAUAUUUUAAGAUAACAGCAAAGAAAAUGGGAAAUUGUUGUAAUGGUGGAGGAUCAGUUUUGGAAAAAAAUGUGCAGGUAGAUUUAGGUUAAAUAAUGUCGGAGAAGUCGGCAAAUUCAGAUAUUCUUAAUAAAAAGGCUACAAUAAUAUAAGGUAUUUCUAUAUCUGAAAAGUAAGCUCAUUGUAGAGGUCAUAUUGCUAGAAAGAAAGUGAAAACAAUAUAGGAAUAAGAUAAAAGUGGUAAGAGGGAACCGUAAAAUGAUUCAAGUUAGCCGAAGAAAUAGAAUUAAUAAGCGAAUCCUUAGAAUAAAAAAGGUGCUUAAGAACCUAAGGAGGAAAGCUAUUAAAAUAGAGUCGAAUCUAGUAGGGCUCACGCUCCAAGUGAAAAAUAUAAAAAACUAGAUAGAAUGCCCGAUUAUUUGACUGCUAAAACUAAAUAAGUAUUUAAAAGUAUUUAGGUUAGGUUUUAAGUCAAAUCGAAGCCUUUGUUUAUGAUUAGGACAAGGAUGAAUUUAAAGAAUUACCAUUUUUGGAACCAUAUGAGUUGGACGGAGGAAGUGUUUAUAAAGGAUAAUGGAAGAGUGGGUAAGUUCUCAAUUUAUGUUAGACUCCGACAUGGAAGGGGAACAUAAAUUUGGUAGGACGGCUCAAUAUAUGAAGGGUAUUGGUACUAGAAUGUUGCUUGUGGGAAGGGAAGGUUGAUUCAUGCUGAUGGAGACAAGUACGAGGGAGAAUGGAGAAAUGACAAAGCUCACGGAUAUGUAACUAUGUAUAUCAAUAUUGUAGGGAAAAUAUGUGCAUAUGGAUGGAGCGUAAUAUGUGGGCUAUUGGGAGGAUGAUAAAUAAAAUGGGAAUGGUAAAGAAAUAUGGCCAGAUGGGGCUUGUUAUGAAGGGUAGUAUAAAAAUGGGAAGAAACACGGGAAAGGAACAUUCAAAUGGGCUGAUGGAUCUAUAUAUAUUGGAGAAUUCGAUUAGAAUAACAUACAAGGUUAAGGGGAAUAUCAAUGGGAAGAUGGCAGAAAAUACGUUGGAGAGUGGAAGAAUAAUAAAAUGGAUGGAAAAGGAGUAAGCAUUUAGAUUGUGAUGUAGGUUUUUACUUGGUUGGAUGGUAGAAAAUAUGAAGGGGAGUACAAGGAUGACAAGAAGCAUGGUUAUGGAGAGUUUAAAUGGCCGGAUGGAAGAGUAAUAGAAUUUUAAUUAAGUUUAGAUGUAUAAAGGAUAAUGGGCUAAUGGGAAGCAACAUGGUAUUGGAAUUUAUAUUGGUUCUUCAAAAGUUGAAAAGGAAGGAGAAUGGUAAGAAGGGAAGAGAAUACGUUGGCUGAAGAAAGGAGGCUAACAGACUAGGGAAGAUGGAAAUUGAAAUUCAC